GAGAGUUUCAUCACUCAUCUCAUCGUCGUAGGGAAUCAGGCAACCACCCACCCCGCGGCCAUGGCGGCGAAAUCAUGGGUGAACCUUCCCGCACACAUCAUCAGGCUGACCGCGUCCACAUGUCCUGCCUCAGCAGGCACUGACGCGCCGCCGUGAAGAAGGACAAGCGGGAGGAGUCGCCUCGGCCACCGAUCCCUCCUUAUACACCACGAUAGGCGGCAAGAGAUACACCCUCGCGGCGCGCUUCUGCGGCACGUUCGACGGCGCCUGGGUUUCCCUCCAGCUCAGCCAGCCGCCGCACGCCCACGCGCUGCUCUACAACCUCAACCCCGGGCUCCGGGGCCCUCAUCGUCCUCCCCAGCAAAAGCGACGAAGGGCCCUGUGAGGGUGAUCACCACCACCUCCUCCGCGCCGCCAUCGCCCCCUCCCGGGGCCGCAUACCUCGUCGGCGCCAUCAUCGCCGGCACCCGGCCCAGAGUCGCGUUCUGGCAAAAUUGGUUGGGGUACUGGGUUAUCCCAGAAUCUCCGGGCAAUGGGUGCCGGCCGGGAGGAGGCAGGAGAUCUGCAGGACGUCAUCUACUACAACGGUCACCUCGGUCGAAGGCGUGGUGGUGCACGUGCCGAUACUCGACCAGAACGGCGAGCUAUCGUAUGUGGACUCCAAGUUGUACGACGUUCAGCGGCACGAGGAUUACCUCAUGGAUUUGGGGUUGCUCGGCUAUUCGGGCUCGGUGAAGUGCUACCUCGUGGAGUCCCGCGGCGAGUUGCGGAUGGCCGUGAGGUACGUGGUCUCAACAAGGCGGACAAGGAGGACACGCAGUGGUUCCGGGUCUUCAGGCUCGAUAUCGAGGAGCCGGCUGCCGACGACCAACCUGAUCUCGCUCGUUGGGAGGAGCUUGUUGGGAGGGAGCUCGAUGGCCGGAUGCUAUUCGUGGGACGCGGGUGCUCCAGAUCCUUUGAGGCAGCCCAUUUCCGUGGGUUUGCAGAGUUCAUGAUCUGCUUCCUCGACGACCACUGCGCCACCGAGGAGCCAGCGGUGAUGGGUGAGAGGCGCUACCACCUGACCGACACGGGCAGGUUCUCCGUGGCCAACGACAACUUCGAGACGUGGCCUCCGGAAGAGGGCCUGCCGCCACAAACGUCGAACCGCGCUCCUCCCAUCUGUUUGAUGCGACAUGCACCACCCAAAUUCAAAACUCGAGAACCGUGGCCCGUUUCUUCCAGAGAGAGCUCAUUUAUCGCUCAUCUCAUGGGCGUAACGAACCAGGUAACCAACCACCCCGCGGCCAUGGCGACGACGUCGUGGGCGGACCUCCCCGCCAACCUCAUCCUCCGCCUCGUCCCCCGCUUCCCCUGCCUCGCCGACCGCGUUCACGUGUCCUGCCUCAACAGGCACUGGCGCGCCGUCCUGAAGAAUGACGAGCAGGUGGAGCCCCGGCCGCCGCCGCUGCCGCCUCAGCUGCCGUGGCUCCUCUUCCCCUCCACCACCGAACCCUCCUUCUACACCACGAUCGGUGGCAAGAGAUACACCCUCGCCAGGCUCCCGCCCGACGUCCGCGCCUCGCGCUUCGUCGGAUCGUUCGACGGCGGUUGGCUGGCGCUCGCGCUCAGCCAGCCGCCUCACGCCCACGCGCUCUACAACCUCAACUCCGGGGACUGCGUCGUCCUCCCGCGCGUGAGCCAGGAAGGGCACCCCGUGAUGGUGAGCGUCGCCACCUUCUCGGCCCCGCCAUCCCGCCCCCCUCCCGAGGCAUACCUCAUCUGCGCCAUCAUCAAGGGCACCACGCCCUGCAUCGCGUUCUGGCAAUAUUGGAUGGGGCACUGGCUCAGCGCUGGAGCUCCGGUCGGGGGCACAGGGGAGGAGCUGCACGAUGUCAUCUACUACAACGGCGGCUUCCAUGUCCUCACCUCGCGCGAGCGCGUGGUGGUGUACGUGCCAGAACUCGACAAGGACGGCAAGCUCUUGCACGCGAACCCGACGUUCUACGACAUUCAGCAACGCCAGGAUUACAACGUGGAUGUGGAGGGUCUCCGCGAGGGACAUAACAGGAUUGAUCGCUACCUCGUGGAGUCCCGCGGCGAGUUGCUGAUGGCCGUGAGGUACAUGUUCAUCAAAGAGGACACGAAGGUACUACGGGUUUUCAGGGUCGACGUCGAGGAGCCGGCUGCCGACGGCCAUCUUGCCCGCGCUUCCUGGGGGGAAUUUUCGUUUCACCUCUAUGGCCGGAUGCUGUUCUUGGGGCACGGGUGCUCCAGGUCCUUCGAUGUCGCCGAGUUCCAUGGGUUUAAGGAGUCCAGGAUCUACUUCUUCGACGACCGAUUCGCCACCACGGAGCCGGUGAUGGGCGAGGCCUGGUACCACCUCACCGACAGGGGCAGGUACUCCAUGGCCCGCGUCAUCGUCGAGGUGUGGCCUCCGGAGGAUGAGGAGGACCUGCGGCUCCCGGAGGCGUCGGACCGCGCUCCUCCCAUCUGGUGGCUCCAUUGAUGAUGCGUAUUUGCAUUGAGGCAGCGUACGUUUUUCUCUCCCUCCUGACGUGAUUGUGCUAAGAUAAAUUGUCGCUU